AUGCAUUUUGUAUUCUGGUCUGAUUCAAGUCUAUGGAUUCUGACUCAUAUUAUUGUCACGGCCUACCGAAGAAGCUUCUUUUCACCACACUACCUCUACAUCCUUGAAGAAGAUGAUGAUAUUGAAGGGUACGCAAUGAGUGCUCUAGCUUCGCAUAUUGAAUACAACACGUCUGCGUUCCACGGAAAAACUAUUGAUGAUAUUAUCUGUCUUCUUCGCGGAAAGGUUACCGGAAACAAAGUAGCAAGAAAUGUCUUCUAUGUUGCGGACGACCAGACGAUGAGGAAUCACAGCUUGCUCCUGGUUCAUGUUAAAUCUCAAGAGCAGGAUGAACAUCAUUAG